UAUGAUUCACCCCAUCCUUGGUCUUCCCCUUGCUUCUAACAUAUUUGCGGAGGGUUUUCUUGUGUGUCUCUAGCAAGUUUGAUCUCGUUUUGUGCCUUGACCUUUCUAAUUUUGCCCCGACAGCCUUGUGUUAUUUUAUAGUCAUCCUUUGUGAUUUCCACUUUUUGUAAGACUCUUUUUUUUUCAUGUUUAGAUCAUUCCGAGAGCUCCUCGUUAGAUUAGAAUGGUCUCCUGCCAGAGUUCCUAAAUUUCCUGCAGAGUAGAAUACAGCUGGUCCCCGAGUUACGAACGCAUUGACUUAUGACCAUUCGUAUUUACGACCAACCUCCUCUACAGCCGGUCCCCAAGUUACAAACGCAAUCCGUGCUUAUGAACAGCGCCGCCAUACGACUCCCCAUUCCCAAACCUGACCUGAUCGCCCGGCUGGAAGCAGGGGAAGAUCCGUGGGUCCCUGAACUGCAGGUCUCCGAGGAAAGGAAGAUCCCAGGCGGCACAGGGAAGGGGAAUCCAUCCCCAGAAGGUCCCGAGGAAGUGGAAUGGCAGGAGACUUUUAUGAGACGAGCAGACGGACUUUUCCCCCAGUGCUUGGAACAGAGAGACGCCUGGAGGAAUGGGCCAGAAAGGACGCUGGAAAACAGCCUACGGCGGAAAGCAGCUGAAUCUGUUGAAUGUGGCAGAGGAGGAAAUGGUCCUAGCGAACGCACGGUUGAGCAGAAAAGUCCCAUGGAUUAUGGGAAAAGCUUCGUUCAGCUCUCAGGCCUCGUUAGCCACGGGAGAAUCCGCCCGGGAGAAAGUCCCUGUAAGUGCUCGGAUUGCGCGAGAAACUUUCAUCAGAGCUCAGAUCUUUCUGGCCACCGAAGAGGGCUCACAGGAGAGAGACCGUAUCAGUGCUGUGAGUGUGGGAAAAGCUUCCGUGCCACAUCGUCCCUUGUUCACCACGCGAGAACCCACACGGGAGAGAAACCCUAUCAAUGCACGGACUGUGAGAAAAGCUUCACGCGGAGCUCCAUUCUUACGAGGCACCGCAGACUGCACACGGGAGAGAGACCCUAUCCAUGCUUCGAGUGCGGGAAAAUUUUCAGCGUCCCGUCCGCCCUCCUUCGACACCGGAGGACCCACACGGGAGAGAAACCCUUCCACUGUUCAGACUGUGGGAAGAGCUUCAGUGAUGGUUCAGUGCUUAUUAACCAUAGACGAACCCACACAGGGGAGAAACCCUUUACAUGCUUGGACUGUGGGAAAAGUUUUGCACAGAACGCAAACCUUAUUACUCAUCGGAGACUGCACACUGGAGAGAAACCCUAUAAAUGUACAGACUGUGGGAGAGGGUUCAGUCAGCGGUCCAGCCUUAUUAGCCACGGAAGAAUUCAUACGGGAGAGAGACCCUAUGCAUGUUCGGACUGCAAGAAAAGCUUUAGACAUUACUCGGUCCUUACUAACCAUUUGAGGAUCCACACGGGAGAGAGACCUUAUAAAUGCUUGGCGUGCGGGAAAAGCUUUUAUCAGAACUCACAUCUUGUCACCCAUCGGAGACUGCACACACCGCAGAAGUCGUAAGAAUUGUUCGCGCGUGGGAAAAACUUCAAGGAGAGUUCACAACUUCACGAAGGGAAAACUCCCCGAAGGGUCUUCGCCGUGGGAUACGUCCUGUCAGACGAUCAAACCUUGUUUCAUGUCGGACAAUCCACGCAGAAGAGAAAUGCUUGGAUGAGGGGAAAAGUUUCGAAAGUUCAGGGGGGAAAAAAAUCGGUCUGAGCUCAGACAUGAUUCCACGUGUCAUAACGCAGUGUUUUUCAACCAUUUUUUUAUAAAGUAAAAACCAAAAAUUAUAAGUACCCCCAGUGCCUACCAUUUUCAGACACACACAGUUUUCUUCUAGCGUUACUGUAGUCCAGCUAGGGAUGUAAUAGCGUAGUCCAGUGUUUCUCAAGCUUUUUUUCAAAAGUCCCUCUUUUUUAAA